AUGACCAAGGACAAACACCAUGAUGCUGCUCACGAAAUUAUUGAGACAAUUCGGUGGGUCUGUGAAGAAAUCCCAGAUCUCAAGCUUGCUAUGGAAAACUACGUUUUAAUUGACUAUGAUACAAAAAGCUUUGAAAGCAUGCAGAGGCUUUGUGACAAGUACAACCGAGCCAUUGAUAGCAUUCAUCAGUUGUGGAAGGGAACCACCCAACCGAUGAAACUGAACACUCGUCCCUCCAACGGGCUCCUCCGGCACAUCCUGCAGCAAGUGUAUAACCACUCGGUGACUGAUCCAGAGAAACUUAACAACUAUGAGCCCUUUUCCCCAGAGGUUUAUGGAGAAACUUCCUUUGACUUAGUGGCCCAAAUGAUAGAUGAAAUUAAAAUGACAGAGGAUGAUUUGUUUGUUGACUUGGGCAGUGGUGUGGGUCAGGUGGUGCUUCAAGUGGCUGCAGCCACAAACUGCAAACAUCACUAUGGUGUGGAGAAAGCUGAUAUUCCAGCCAAAUAUGCUGAGACGAUGGACAGAGAGUUCAGAAAGUGGAUGAAAUGGUAUGGGAAAAAACAUGCAGAAUACACACUGGAAAGAGGUGACUUCCUCUCAGAAGAAUGGAGAGAGAGAAUUGCAAACACAAGUGUUAUUUUUGUGAAUAAUUUUGCCUUUGGUCCUGAGGUGGAUCACCAACUGAAGGAGCGAUUUGCGAACAUGAAGGAAGGUGGGAGAAUUGUGUCCUCAAAACCUUUUGCACCUCUAAAUUUUAGAAUUAACAGUCGAAACUUGAGUGAUAUUGGCACUAUAAUGAGAGUUGUGGAGCUAUCACCACUGAAAGGGUCUGUGUCAUGGACCGGGAAACCAGUUUCUUACUACCUGCAUACUAUUGACCGAACCAUACUUGAAAACUAUUUUUCUAGUCUCAAAAAUCCAAAACUCAGGGAGGAACAAGAGGCAGCUAGACGUCGUCAACAAAGAGAAAAUAAGAGCAACACAACUACUCCAACGAAGGUUCAAGAAAACAAGGAUUCUGGUGCUGAAGAAGAAAAGGCUGGGGCAAAUUCUGUUAAAAAGCCAUCUCCCUCCAAAGCACGGAAGAAAAAGCUAAGUAAAAAAGGAAGGAAAAUGGCAGGCAGGAAACGAGGACGUCCCAAGAAAAUGAAUGCUGCAAAUACAGAGCGCAAGACCAAGAAGAACCAAACUGCACUAGAACUUCUGCAUGCUCAAACUGUUUCACAGACAUCUUCAUCCUCUCCUCAGGAUGCAUACAAGUCACCUCAUAGUCCAUAUUACCAACUACCUCCUAAAGUGCAACGGCAUUCAUCUAACCAGCUACUGGUGACACCUACCCCACCUGCACUACAGAAGCUGCUAGACUCUUUUAAGAUCCAGUACAUGCAGUUCAUGGCAUACAUGAAAACUCCUCAGUAUAAAGCAAGUCUGCAACAGUUACUGGAGCAGGAAAAGGAAAAGAAUGCUCAGCUACUGGGGACAGCACAGCAGUUAUUCACCCACUGCCAGGCACAGAAAGAGGAAAUCAAACGUCUUUUUCAGCAGAAACUUGAUGAGUUGGGAGUUAAAGCUCUGACAUACAAUGACCUGAUUCAGGCUCAGAAGGAAAUCUCUGCUCACAAUCAGCAACUGAAAGAACAGACGAAACAGCUGGAGAAGGAUAACAGUGAACUCAGGAACCAGAGCUUACAGCUGCUUAAGGCACGGUGUGAAGAACUGAAGUUGGAUUGGUCAACAUUGUCACUGGAGAACUUGUUGAAAGAGAAGCAGGCGUUGAAGAAUCAGAUUUCUGAGAAACAAAAGCACUGUUUGGAAUUGCAGAUCAGCAUUGUGGAACUUGAGAAAAGUCAAAGACAGCAGGAGCUCAUGCAGCUGAAGUCGUACACGCCGUCUGAUGAGUCACUGUCAGUACAGCUACGCAAUAAAAACCAUUUGAGCCGUGAUCCUGAGGCUGAUCACGGCAGGUUCCAACUGGAACUUGAAUGCUCUAAGUUUCCUAUGCCCCACAUCAAUGGCAUGAGCCCUGAACUGUCCAUGAAUGGCCAUGCUACUCCCUAUGAAAUUCAUAACACCUUUAGCAGGCCCUCUUCGAAGCAGAACACCCCUCAGUACACGACCUCUCACCUGGACCAAGAAAUAGUUCCGUGUACCCCAAACCACAGCAGCAGACAGAAGGCAGACAAGAUGACAAGCUUGUCCUUACCUGAUUAUACCAGGUUUUCCCCAGCUAAAAUAGCACUAAGGAGACACUUGAAUCAAGACCAUGCAGUAAACGGAAAAGCAACAACUAAUGAGAUACAGAGAGCUGACCAUGUCAAAGAGAAUGGCCUUACAUAUCCAAGCCCUGGUAUUUCAAAUGGCAUAAAGCUGAGUCCUCAGGAAACUCGGCCCUCUUCCCCGGCGGCCUUACCAAUUGCAGGCGAGAAGGUUUUGAGAGAGAGAACCUCUGUGAGUAAUGGAGAAACUAUCACCAGCCUACCUAUCAGUAUUCCUCUCAGCACAGUGCAGCCCAAUAAACUCCCUGUUAGUAUCCCUCUGGCCAGCGUAGUCCUACCUAGCCGUGUUGAGAAGGUGAGAAGCACACCUAGCCCAGUUCAUCAGAGUAGAGACUCAUCGACACUUGAAAAGCAGAUUGGUGCUAGUUCUCAUAAUGGCGUAAGCAAUGCUGCUGGAAACAAGCCACUGGCUUUGGCUACCUCAGGUUUUUCUUACUCUUCUGGCUCCGUGGCAGUCAAUGGAAAUCUUACAAACAGCCCAGCCCAUCUUAACCAUAGUGUUGAUCAGGCAGCUCUGGACGACUCUGGGAGUCUAUUUAACUCAGUAGGGUCUCGGAGUUCCACUCCACAACAUCCUUUGCUAAUGAUGCAGUCAAGGAACUCUGGGCAAAACUCCCCUGCUCACCAGCACUCAACAAGCCCCAGGUUAAAUGGCACCUCCCAGAGCCUGGUAGGGGUAUUGCAAUAUGCAGAUGCUCAGAAGAUGUUUGCCGAAGGAACAAAGGGGGAUCUUCAGUCUGAUGCAGCGUUUUCAGAUCCUGAGAACGAGGCCAAGAGAAGAAUCAUCUUUACAAUCUCUCCUAAUACAGGACAUGUAAAACAAUCCCCUUCCAACAAGCACAGUCCUCUGCCCACGAGCACUCGGCUGGACUGUGGCCAAGCACACGCGCAGGAUGGGAAGAAGCGAGGCCGGCGGAAGAGAUCCUCUACUGGGAAUCUCAGCGGGAACUCCGGGGUCUCCCCUAAACGCAAAUCCUUACCUACUGUGUCUGGACUCUUUACGCAACCAUCAGGUUCACCGCUUAAUAUCAACUCCAUGGUCAAUAACAUUAACCAGCCUUUAGAAAUAACAGCCAUUUCCUCUCCUGAAAACUCCCUGAAGAACUCUCCUGUUCCUUACCAGGACAAUGACCAGCCCCCGGUACUGAAAAAGGAAAAGCCCAUCAUUCAGACCAACGGCGUUCAUUACUCUCCUUUAACAUCAGAUGAAGAGCAGGGAUCUGAAGAUGAGCACAAUAGCAGCAGAAUUGAAAGGAAAAUUGCAACAAUAUCAUUGGAAAGCAAAUCUCCACAGAAGACUGUUGAAAAUGGUGGCAGCUUAUCUGGGAGGAAACAAGCACAAAGCAACGAGAACAUGAAUAGCAGUAAAUGGAAAUCUACUUUUUCACCAAUAUCGGACAUCAACCUGACCAAAACUACAGAUAGUCCCUUGCAGUCGGUUUCAUCUCUGAGCCAGAAUUCGCUGUUUGCCUUCAGGCCGUCCUCCGAGGAUAGCCUUGCCAUCGACGCCAAGAUCACAGCACACACAAGGAAAAGCAUUGCCAUGCCCUCGUCUGGGGCAGAUGGGCUCAGCCCUAGUACAAACUCCACUAACGGAUUCACGUACAAUGGUGGACUGUCAACUGACAUUGGUUUACACAGCUUUAUCGAUGGUGCUUCUCUUCCGCAUAAGGCUUCAGACGUGACGACUUCCAACUGCUCCCUGGGUUUCCAGUCACAGCGAAGCAAAGAUGUGGGAGUAUCGGAAACGAAUCCUUUUUUGAACAAGAGGCAACUCGAAGGCCUCAGCGGCACGAAAGGAGAAGAUUUAAAUCGGUCAGGGGUCAAAGGCAAAGAGAUCAGCGAAAUAAGCAUUCGUACUGGGGGUUCUUCAGAAAAAAACUCUUUGCAGCAUAACGGAAAGGUCGGCAAAGGAAGGGACCGAGAUGUGGAGUUUAAAAAUGGCCACAACCUUUUCAUUUCUGCUGCUGUUUCAUCUGGUGGCCUUCUGAAUGGUAAAAGCCUUUCUACUGCUGUUUCUUCAGCAGGCAACCCAGCAUCUUCUGUUCAGACGCACCAUCCUUUCCUAAACACUUUGACCACUGGAUCGCAGUUCCCCCUCGGCCCCAUGGCCUUGCAAGCAAACCUCAACUCGAUGACAAAUUCCUCAGUAUUGCAGUCCUUAUUUAAUUCAAUGCCAGCUGCUGCCAGUCUGGUCCACGUGUCAUCAGCUGCAACCAGACUGACUAAUUCUCACACUAUGGGGAACUUCUCUCCUGGGGUUACAGGUGGAGCAGUUGGAGGUAACUAGGAUUUCUACCUCAACCCAAUGUGACCUAUGCAAGGACAACGUGGACCAACUUCACUCGGCUUCCACUGAAAGGUGCUCACCUGGCCUGUGCAGGGGUUUCUACUCUCUUACUACUGGACAAAAUAAAAACAUAAAAAAGACCUAAACAACAGAGAAAAUAUUUACUGUGAAUCUGAGUAAAAAA